AUGAGCACAGGACCUAGGACACAAGCAGCCUUCAUCCAGGGAACCCAGAGCAUCAUUGAACAUGAUGCCUCCCACUCAGCUCUCUUCUACCUUUUCCAAGAAGUUUCCAAGCUAGCAUCUCCCAUCCACAACAGCUUCCUGGACACAAACUCACCGUCCUCGUGGCUACAUGAGACUUCUAGGCAAAAGGAAAAAUUUCCUCCAGUUGCAAAACUGAUAUCAUCAAGCUGUAAUGGAGAAACAAACCCUUCACCUUCCGAGACAUCAAAACCCAAACCCAGGUUAGCGCAAAAGGAAGGAAUUGCUCCUUCAUCUGCCCAGCAGUGGAGAACCAAGACUCCUAGAAAACAACCACAUCCUAGCCGGAGUGCUAAUAUCCAAGACCCAGACUUCCAGGGGGUGACGUUCAGGAUUGGUACGCAGCUGGACGACAAUAUGGAACAGUGUCGGCUCCUCAUUACUUCAAAGUACAGCAAGGAGCUCAGAAAGAGUGUGAGAAAACCGAGGCUGAGGACACGGAUGUCCCAGAAAUCCCUCAAAAGUAGCAUCUCGGAUGAGGAGAGUGACCUAACGUCCAGUGUUUCCAAGGGUAAAGUCUGUGCAUCAUGCUGCACCAGGAAGACCCCCAUGUGGAGGGAUGCAGAGGACGGGACCCCACUCUGUAAUGCCUGUGGAAUAAGGUAUAAGAAGUACAGAGUGCGCUGUGUCAACUGCUGGCAUAUCCCUAGGAAAGAGGGGAACUCCAACUCAUGCUGCCUGAAGUGUGGAAACUUUGUGAGGCUGACCUCAGCUCAGCGGAAACACACCACCUAGGGAACAUACACAGAGCAAAGGUUUUUAUCUCUACACACACUUGCACACAACAGUUCAAGACCACACUCUCUGCUCCCGUAGCUCUUCGUCCAUGACCAUUCACUACAGAAUGCAAACAUAAAAGAACAGCAGAAGCAGCUUCUUACAUCUUACUCAGUUAUUAAAUUAGUGUCACUGCUUAAAUGCUGUACCUCAGGAGACGACGCUUAUUCCCUUCGGCUCUAUGGCUGCCGUAUACACCAGGGAAAAACAUUAACAGGUGAAAAACAUAAAAGAAAAAAAACUUGUAAAACUCUUAAUGGAGGAUGUCUGAAAAAUGAUCUGUACUUUGAUCUUGACUGCCAUGAUCCCAUUUGUGCUACCUGCUAACCUGUAUGCAUCGGAUCUUAUACGGUUGUUGGGGUUUAUUUUUCUCUCUGCACGAGGAGGGAUAUAGUGAUGACGCACAGACAGUUGAUGUAGUAUUAAUAGGACACUGAAGAGCUACUGUAAGAAGUGGAUGCAUUCAGUGGAAAGUUUAGUCUUAAUUGUUGACAUUUUUCAUCUAAAUAGCUUCAGUGUUGCUUGUGUAUUAAUGUUCAACUGUGCCAGAUGGCUGCAGUAGAAAGUUAUUUCUGUACAGGACCAGAAACUGCAACCUGAGCUCAGUGCUGCAUUCACUGUUAUUAACUGCAGACACAAUUUACUUCUCUUGACCUUGACUGCAAGACUGUCUGUUAGGUUUGUAGUUAAACAUUUAGUCGCACAACUUAAACAAAGUUAUUUGUUGUCUUUUUUUCUAAUUGUGGUUGGUUUUGGUGGCUUAUUUAUUAAGUUGUUCGUUUGGGUU